AUGAGCAAUGCACCCGUUGCCAGCAACGAGUUGAAGGAGGUGGAGGCGUUGUUGGACGAGGAUGUGAUUGACUUGCGCGCUCUCCGGCAAUUUGCACACGGCGGCAUUCCUGACCAACCAGGGCUGCGCUCAAAGGUGUGGAAGCUGCUGCUAGGCUACUUGCCACCGGAGAAGGCGCGAUGGGAGGAAUCACUCGCGAAACAGAGGGAGGUGUAUCAGGGCUAUCUGUCAACAUAUGUCAAGUCAUCACAUGAUCUCGAUGAUGACGAAGACGAUUCUGAUCCGCUUGGCGCACUCUCUUCCCCAUCGUCGUCUGGCAGCAACAGCAGCAAGUGGGACAUAUUCUUCAAGGAGAACGAGAUUUUGUAUCAGAUUGACAUGGACGUGAAGCGACUCACACCAGAGCUCGCCUUCUAUCAGACACAAACGGGACGCCCAAGACCCAUCCCAAGCCCCUUGCAUCUGCGGGUGCAGCGGCAGGUUGCAGAAUCCGCGACGUUCAAGGCAGACAGGGAUGGCGUGGUUGCAGCCAGACAGAAGAGAGCGUCGACCCCACCGCCGGUUGAGCCUGCGGGCGAUCCGGAAGCCGAGUGCCACUGGGAGGUCAUUGAACGCAUCCUCUUCGUCUACGCGGUCCUCAACACCGCCAUUCCAUACGUCCAGGGCAUGAACGAGAUCCUUGGCCCGCUGUAUUAUGUGUUUGCGAGCGACCCUGAUCCUGCGUGGCGGGAGUGGAGCGAGGCCGACGCGUUCUUCUGCUUCCUCGCCAUCAUGGCGCACGUCAGAGACAUCUUUGACCGCGAAAACGACAAGUCCGACUCAGGAGUCAAGGGAGUCCUGAACCGGCUGGACGGGAUGUUGCUGGCCCACAUCCCGCACGUGCACAUGGCGCUGCACGACAUGAACCUCGACCUCCACUUCUUCGCCUUUCGCUGGAUCGCCCUCCUCCUCUCACAGGAGUUCCGCCUGCCUGAUGUGAUACGGCUGUGGGAUUCCCUGUUUGCGUCGCGCGAUAUCCUCGACCGCCUCCUCUGCCUCUGCGUCGCCAUGCUCCAGCACGUAUCUGGGACGUUGGAGGAGCGAGACUUUGCCACGUGCGUGAAACUGUUGCAGAACUUUCCCCGCGAUGUUGAUGUUGCCAUCAUCGUCGAAAAGUCAAACGCUAUCGAGGCUGAGGUUGCGGGAAACGCAAGAUAGCGUCGUUGGCUCGCCCUUUGUGCCCACCAACCGAACCCCUUCCCCCUCUCAAAAAUGCCCCCCUCCCCUCCUCCUCUUGUCCUCUUCAAGUGCUAUUUCCAACAGCGCCGUGUGAAUGCAUGUUGCUGGUUUCAAUGGUCUACACGAAGCAAAAUUACAAUCACGAUCAUUCCAA